GCGAGUUGUGAAAUUUAAUUUGGGUUUAAUCAUAGUUGUUAUUUCAAAGUGUUUUCUAAACUUUAAUUUAUGAUCACGCAUACCUUUGAUUGGAAAUAAGUUUGUUGCGGUAAAACUGUUCAUUAAUUGUUCCCGUACUUUCGUAAUAGCGCCCUCUUGUGAUAUGGUGCAUUUUGUAAGGUCAAAGUGUAAAUUCUUCAUGAUUCCGAUGAUUCGUAAACAAUGAACGUGUACCAAAUUUAUCUCCCCAAAUAAAUGUAAAAUUAUCAGGUUUUUUAAGUCCAAAUGUUGUAGUUUCGGAUCCAGCACAAUCGAUGACGUUGUUGCUAUAUCGAAUCAGUGGGUGUGUGCUAAUCCCGACAAGGUGAUGGUUUACCAUAGAGACACUACGCACAAGUGUGACUUCCACGUCGUGCCGGAGGAUCAGGUUGGCACUGCAGACGAUAGCCUGUACAGCGUGGCAAUCAUGCCGAAUGGUAACAUCAUAGCGGGUCUCAAGAAAAAGGUAUUGGUUGAGCUCGAUCCCAGGAAUGGUGAGAUCCUACACACCAUGCCAGUGAAGAUAAAACCUUUCUUCUUGGCUGUACUGAGCAAUGGUUGGAUUGUGAUCAGUGACAAUCAGCAGGGACUAGUGGAGAUAGUGGAGGUUUCUAAUGGCAACGCUGUGACUGUUACCAGAAUCCAGCCAACCAUCGACGGUAAACCAGUGAGAUACUGCAAGGGUGUAUGCAGCAACAGCUCGGGUAUCUACCUUGCAGUGAACACAGACAAGUACAACACCGGUCACAUACACCACUAUAACUGUGCCGGUCAGUUUGUCAGCUGCGUGGCCCAGAGACUGUACAGCCCCCAAGGAAUGACAUUCACAGCUGACGGGCAGCAGCUGGCAGUGGCUGACCGGCACUCUGUAAAAAUGUAUCACACGAUGUAAUGCCAACGAUGUCAUCCAGCAUAAAAACCGCCUUCACUAACCCGCGUUUGUGGUCGGUUUAAAAUCCCAACAUGAACUUGAGGCGGCCUAGGGAUAACACUUGAAUAUAAAUAAAUAAAAAUAAUAAUAAUAAUAAUAAUAAUAAUAAUAGUAAAAUGAAAAUGAAAAUGUUUUCUGACUGGAUUGACCUGAAAUAUACAAAUGUAAAAACUUAAGGCGGCCUAACGUAUGGAUCUUAACAAGAUCUUCUUCAUCGAUACGUCAGGCCGCCUUAAUUUAAAAAAAAAAAUUGAAAUAACUCGGAAGGUGCAGGUGCUAAUUAGCGGUUUAAUAAUGCGCACUACCUCAGUUGACGAUUCUUCACGUCUCUCAUUGCUUCCAAAUUCAUUAGAUAUUCCCAACACACCAUUAAAAGUUUCAAGACAUUGUCAUCGUGAACGGUUACUUGAAGUUCCACAUGUAUGAAUUCCUAAUCGCACCUCACCUAAAUCACACCCUCCCACAUUCAAGUUGCGGUCUGAAUGUCGAUGCUCAUGUCACGAAAGGAACAUGUUACCCGGUGAAUGUUCAUUGAUUGUGGCUUGUCCGUCACUAUGAUGACCGUAAAGGGAAAGUGAAUUAUGCUUACUGCAGAUAGAAUAUGCACACACAAGUUGUAGUCUAGUUAUGUCAUAGGGGGUUUCAAUUUCAAAAAAUAAAAACCGAAAACGUAAUAAGUCAAAUUGUUAUAAAAUAACUUAGUAUAGACGAAUACUUGGGAGAUAACAAAGACAUUGGAUAUUUUGUUGUAUAUUUUGAUAUAUUAUGUUGAUCUUAUAACCCUUAUAUUCAAAUAGACCGUGACUAUACAUAACGCUUGAAACAUGUUAGAAAUAUUGAUAGAAAUGUGUGUAAUCACGAAUAGCCCAGUGAUUAGAUACGUAAUCCGAUCACUAAAAAUAAAUGCCGAUUGUGAUAAGUCCUUGUUUCCCACAAUAACGGGCAAGAUAACAGGGUUUUUUCCCCGCAUUCAGCCAUUAUUCAGUCUGAGUUUUGACCACAGUCAGUACAAGUUUCACUUAUAUUAAAUAAUGCAUUAAAAAGUGAUUCAGACAAUUAUUUGUAACAGUACCCAAAACAACACAACCAACACAAUUUUGAUAUUCCUGUUACUUUUAAAGGAUAGUUAUUAAGGGCCAGCACACUGCUAGACACAGCAUUUCAAAGUAGCCAUGGCAAGGCCUCAGUUUAUUGCUGUCCAAUUGGCAUUUAUGGUCAGAACAUUUUAUUAAGCAGGUAGCACGGUACAAGACACGAUACGUCAAUUUAGAGAACACUUUAAUUUCCAGAGGUACAGCAUCCUAAGUGAACUGGUGUAUGUAGCAUUCUUAUCAAUUUCAAUUGACUUGUCUAAGAAAGAUAACAAACAGGGAAGGUCAAGGUGUUGUACAUUACGUAAACAUUUGGAUUGAGUUCACCUUGGGCAAUGGAUUUUCCUUUUAUUUUGUAGGAGUUUAGAUAACUUAACGAUAGUGUUAAAGACAUAGUUUAGUGUCGAGAAAUUUACUCCAUGUAUAUACAUUGAUCUUAAACCUUUGUUCCUUUUUGGUUCUUUUAUAUAGGUUGUUAAUGCCCGAUUGUUAAUGCCCCAUUGUGGUAUUUUUUUUGUUACUGUUUCUUGCAAACUGCAUUGGCUUUAACUUGUAACUCGUAACUUGUAGUCUCCGUUUAAUUGUUCCCAUUAUGUUCGGUAUAUUUUCAGUCUCUGUUUCUAGGUUAAAGAUUGACGUUCCUGGUUUAAGGUCCAGGCAUGCAACUUAGAAUGAAAAAACCAGGAAACUACAAUCUUAAAAAGACCUUGUACAGUGAUUUUCAAUUUUUAAUGGCAUAAGUAUGAAGUGAACAACAAGGAAAUGGGCUUAUCCGGGAAAUGUUGCAUGCCUGAAUGUCCUUUGUUCAUCCUCAUUGGUGGCCAUAAGUGCUCGGUUGUUGACGAUUUAUUCAUCCUUUCUCUUGAAUUUCGAAACUUGUUUUAUAUUUAGCUCUGGUCUUAAAUUCAGGAUUCUGUAAGGUUGAUUUGUUUGCCAGAAAUCUUGAUUAAUUUUAGUAUUAGCUCUUACUUAAAUCAUUUACUUUUGUUUGGUUGACUUCAAAUAAAUAGUUUUCUUUGGUUCGUUUCUCAGAAA